AUCUCUCUUCUUCAACCUUUUCGUAGUAUCAAAAUUAAACAAACCAUUUGAUGGCAUCUUCAUCGUCGUCUUUUCACUCCACUCCUCCCACCUCUUGGAAAUACGACGUUUUUCUCAGUUUUAGAGGCACAGACACUCGCUACACCUUUGUGGACCAUCUUUACACAGCUCUUGUAGAUAAUGGAAUCGGCACUUUCAAGGAUGAUGAAGAACUUCCUCGGGGCGAAACCAUCCGUCCAUCGCUUUUGAAGGCUAUUGAAGACUCACAGAUUGCUGUCGUUGUAUUCUCUGUAAACUAUGCCCAUUCUUCUUGGUGCUUGCAAGAACUUGAACAUAUCAUGAAAUGCAAGGUUGAGAGAGACCAAAUUGUUAUCCCCAUAUUUUAUCACGUUGAUCCCUCGGAAAUCCGAAAUCAAAAARGGAAAUAUGGAGAAGCAUUUGCUAAACACGAGUCUGAGAGGAGAAGUGUUGAAUCCUGGAGAAAGGCACUUGCGAAUGCAGGGAACCUAUCUGGACAUGUCCCCAAUGGGCCCGAGACAAUAUUCAUCAAAAAUAUUGUUAAAGAAAUUUCAAAAAGAUUGUGUACGGCAAUUCCAAGUGACAAUCAAGACCUGAUUGGAAUGGAGGAUCGCUUGCAAGAUUUUAAAUCAAAGUUAGCAAUCGAUUCACAAGGUGUGCUGAUGGUUGGAAUAUGGGGGCUUGGUGGUGGUGGUAAGACUACUCUUGCACGUGCUGUUUAUGAUCAAAUCUCCAACAAGUUCGAUGGUUUCUGCUUUAUGAGUAACGUUCGGGAAGAAUCACGCAGGCAUGGUUUGAAAGGAUUGCAAGAAGAAAUUCUCUCAUGUGUUUUGAAACAAAAAAGAGAGGAAGUAGUUGGAGAUGUAAGAAGAUUGAUAGAGAGUAAGCUUCGUCGUAAAAAGAUCUUGCUGGUUCUUGAUGAUGUCGAUGAUGCUAACCAGCUAGAGGCACUAGCUGGAUCACGUGAUUGGUUUAAUGAAGGAAGCAGAAUUAUAAUCACAACUAGAGAUCGACAUUUACUGAAUACUCAUGGAGUAAAUGUGAUAUAUGACAUUAGCUUGUUAAGUCACGACGAGGCUAUGAAGCUCUUUUGCAAGCAUGCACUUCGGCAUGGUAACCAUAUAGAAGAUUAUGAUAAUCUUUCGAAUGAGGUUGUUUCUUAUGCUCAUGGGCUCCCGUUAGCACUUAAGGUUUUGGGUUCACUUCUUUGUGACAAAGACAAGAGUGAGUGGGUGAGCGCCUUGGCCAGACUAAAAGAUAUCCCUGAAGAUGACAUAAUGGAAAAGCUAAAAAUUAGCUAUGAUGGACUUAAAGCCAAGGAGAAAGAGUUGUUCCUAGAUAUUGCAUGUUUUUUUAGGGGAUACGAGUACCGUCAUGAGCAAUGGGUGAUACUCGAAGCUUGUGGUUUUCACCCUAAAAUAGGGGUAAGGGUGCUGAUACAAAAGGCUCUUAUAACUGUGACUGAAGAAGGAUGGUUUGAUAUGCAUGAUCUGAUACAAGAAAUGGGACACUACAUCGUUCGAGGAAAAAACCCCCGAAAUCCAGAAAAACACAGCAGGGUUUGGAAGUGGGAGGAUGUUUUAACWAUAUGUGCUACGCCGACUGUAAUGUUUAAGCUAGCCUCGUAUAUAAGUUAUAUAUGCCAUGAAUGAUAUAUGUAUAUCCAUAAAGAUAUACCCU